AUGACCAUGAAUUUCUUACCCACGGUUACCUAUCCUUAUUUCGUGCAUGCUUCCAACCAAGUGAAGUCAUUCGAUGGCAGCUGCCACCUCAUGUUUCCGCCGACCGCUCCCCUUGGCAGUCUUUCUUCCUCUGCGAUGUCAUUCUCCAUCGAUAGCAUCCUGGCGCCAACUCGUGGCAUAUCUCUGCCUUCGAACGCGGUCGUCGCGCCGUCCAGAAUGCAACCAUACAUCGUGCCCGCGUCGUUGCCGAUGACCGUUGGCGCUCUGUGCCCGCUCCCUGAAAGUUUCAUAUUCAGCAGCUCUGAUUCAUCGACGUGUGCGAACUUUUCCAACUUCUUUGCACCCUCUUUCUUGCCCAGCACGUUUACGCUGAGCAAUAAACGCAAACGACGCCACCGGACCAUUUUCACUGAAGAACAGCUGGUGGAACUGGAAGCGACCUUUCAGAAGACCCAUUACCCGGAUGUGCUCCUACGCGAGAAAUUAGCUUUGAAAACUGACCUUAAAGAAGAACGAGUUGAGGUAUGGUUCAAGAACAGACGAGCAAAAUGGCGGAAACAAAAGCGCGAGGAAUCAGAAAGCAAAAAGAAGGAAUUAUGCAACGCGGACUCAAUAGUGAAUCACAACUCAACUUCGUAUGAGUCAGAUAUGGCAUCUGAAGAACGAGCUUAUAUGGGCGAUAUAAGAUCGAACGUGAUCGGGGAGAGUAAUUGUACGUUGCCGCCACCAGCGCCAAAGUGCAGCAGCGCCGAACUUUUCGUUUCUGGCGGCAAGCAUGCUUCCAGCGAAGAAGAGGUCCUGAAAGAUGCAAAAGCGAACACCUGA